AUGAAGUGGAACCCGCGAGAAAAGGAUUUCAUUGCCGCUGAGAUGGGGAAUGAUUCGACUUCAGUACAUACGCCCUUGGGACAAACAUUAAACAACAUGGAAAACAGUUCCGGACCAGGGAUCCUCAAUAAAUCUUGCUCCGCCUCGCAGGAUAUGUGUGAGUUCUACAAUGGUACAGACACUAACUUCAUGCAUGAACAAUAUCCAGAUUUUUACAUUAUACUCCCCGUGAUCUAUUCAGUAAUUUGCGCUGCCGGCCUUACCGGCAACACAGCCGUGAUCUACGUGAUUUUAAAAGCUCCUAAGAUGAAGACAGUAACUAAUAUGUUCAUUCUAAAUUUGGCUAUUGCCGACGAUCUUUUCACUCUCGUUCUGCCAAUCAAUAUAGCGGACCAUCUUCUCCACUACUGGCCGUUCGGGGAGAUCAUAUGCAAGCUUAUUCUUUCCAUAGACCAUUACAACAUAUUUUCCAGCAUUUAUUUCCUGACUGUCAUGAGCAUUGACCGCUAUCUGGUGGUCUUGGCCACCGUUCGCUCGAAGAAGUUGCCACAGCGCACCUACAGGGCUGCCAAAAUCGUCAGCCUCUGUGUUUGGGUCCUGGUUACUCUCAUCGUUUUACCCUUCACGAUCUUUGCCGAAGUCUACACCGACUCUAUGAACAGGAAGAGCUGCGUCCUGGUGUUUCCCAAACCGGAACGCGCCUGGUUGAAAGCGAGUCGUAUCUAUACCCUCAUCCUCGGUUUCGCAAUCCCAGUCUCCACCAUUUGUGUUCUCUACGCUAUGAUGUUGUACAGACUCCGAAGCAUGCACCUGAAUUCAAACGCCAAAGCCCUGGACAAAGCGAAGAAGAGGGUGACGCUCAUGGUCUUUAUAGUGCUGGCAGUGUGUCUUUUCUGCUGGACCCCUUUUCAUCUCACUACCAUUGUCGCUUUGACCACGGAUGUCCAGGAGACACCGCUAGUUAUCGGCAUCGCCUACUUCAUCACCAGUCUCAGUUACGCCAAUUCUUGUUUAAAUCCUUUGCUGUACGCGUUUCUGGAUGACAGUUUCCAGAAAAGUUUCAAGAAGUUGUUGGAAUGUAGAACAGCAUAG